CGCUCCGCAGCGCGGCCACUCCCUCCGCCAAAACCCUAGCGAAAUCACGGAGAAGAGAGCGAGAGACGCGGGGGAAGCAGCCCGCCGGCCCGCCUCUCUCACCAGGGAAGAUGCAGCAGGAUCUCCGCUUCUGGGGAGUUGUGGUCAAGCCUGGAGAGACAUGGAAGUGUGACCCAGGAGAGUUAUAUUAUCAUUUGUCACAGAUAGCAUUGGAGGAUGGCAAGGCGAAAGAGAAUGUGGAAGUUUUUGUGAAGACUGAUGAUAAAAGGAUUAUGCUUUGCACACUUUCAGUUGAUAAUGAUCCUCAUUUUGUAACUGGUCUGGUGUUCAAAAAGAAGUUUGAACUUCUGCACACCUCAAUGAACAGCAACAUCUGCUUUACUGGCUACAAAUUCGAGAUUGUGGAUAGGUGUAACACAUAUACCAAAGGAGAUGAUGAAUCUGACCAGGAGGUUCCAUUACUAAUUCCACUAGACUCCAAUACAGAUGGUUACAAGAACAAUGAAGCUACACAUGGUUCCAAUAAGCUUACUGCACCAAGGCCUGUUAAUGCUCCAUCCUCUACACCUAAGGCUACAGUUGAGGAACCAACUAGUCCUCCAAAGCCAAAGGGAGAUGAUAAGGACAAGACUGAUGCACAUAAUCCAAGUGAUAGUGAUGAUAUUGAGACUUAUGAAGAUGUGGAUUACCCUCAAAAGAAAACGAAGGGCCAAAAAAGGCCAGUGGAAACACCGCUAAAGACACCUCAGGGGAAGAAGGCAAAGAUAGAAACACCAACUACGGGCAAAAACACUGGCUAUGUCCACGUCGCAACCCCUUAUCCAGCAAAACAGGCUAGUAGGACAAGUGGCUAUGUCCACGUUGCCACCCCUUAUCCAGCAAAACAUGCAAGGAAGGCACCUGAAAGCAAAGACAAGUCUAAGCAAUCCACUCCUCACGUUUGUGGCUCAUGCAGCAGGACUUUUGGCUCCCCAGGGGGUCUCAAAGAUCACUCCAAGGUGAAGCAUGGCGCCGAGUGACCUGAAACAUACUGUGGAAAGAGUGAGGUGUUAGCUAGUAGGGGAGAGGGGUGGGGUUCUGGUUAACUGAAUUUUGGUGUCGGUAAUGCAGAGAUGGUGUGUAAAGAGGUUGCUUUGUCUAGCAUUGCUCAACAUGCACGAUCAGGAAUAUUUUCUGCUUGACAAAAUUCUAGACUGUUGUUGGUGGCUUGGUGCUAUGCAAGUAAUGCUGUUAACUUCACAAAAAAAAGUAAUGCUGUUAUGUGUGCCUGGAUUCUGAGAUCAGUGGUAAUUA